UUGAAUCGUGCCGUGCAAGUUUGCGGUUGUCAGGAAUAGAAAUCUGUGUACUGACCUGUCUUCCCCGUAUAUAUCUGGGGAAAACCUUUAGCUUCAUGUCUCCAUAAUUUCUCUCACAGAGAAAGUAAUGGACCUCCACAAAAUUAUCCACAGUGCACUGCACGAAUUUAUUCAGACUUACAUUACUGAUGCAGAUCUCAGCACACUGGAUGAUGUCCUGUUGUCUUACAUCACUGGGGUCCUGGAGGAUCUUGGUUCCCAGCAGAGUGUUGAGGAGAACUUUGAUGUGGAGGACUUUGCAGAGAUGCUAGAAGCUUACAUACCUGGCUUUGCAGAAAUUGACAGUGUCAAAGUCUGUGAAAUGAUGUUCAGUCUGGCUUCAAAACUAGCUACUGCUCGGACCUCAGCUCGUGAAGAAAAUGGUAUCCCUAAGGCAAGGACAGAAGAGAUCUCAUUGAAGCUCACCAGCCUGCCCAGUGAGCCACCAAGAAGAGAAACGCAGUGCCUUAAAUCACAGACAGAGGGAGCCACUGCCAAGCCACCAGUGUCUGAGUGGGAGGCCCAGGAGCAGCACUUACUAGAGAUGUUUCCCAAGUGUAGUCUGACUGAGGCUCGCAGCGCCCUGUCUAUUGCCAAAGGAGACAUGGAGGAAGCUGUUCGUCUUAUCAUAGAAGGGGAUGUUCAACUCAGUCCCACACCUCUUAACGUAAACCACGGGAAGAGUAUUUCCUCACUGGCAGACCAGAAACUUAAAGAGAGCAUCCUUGAGAAGUACAUGCUGGUGGACAGGGAGGAAGAUAAGAAAACACACCGUCCCGUCGUUCCCAAAGAUACAGCUAAACCUGAGCUGUCCCUCUGA